CACAAAUAUUAAUGCACAAAAAUUUAGAAAAAACACUAAUGACUAUCUGAUAACAAGUAUAAAGAAAUCGUCAAUUGAUACUAGCCAUUAAAAUAAUCAGUAGCGGUACGAUUUAGUUAAAAAACAUUUUGUGGAAUGGGUGAAUUGACAAACUCUCAAUUAUUUGAAAAACUUUUGAAGGAAAUAAAGGAACAAGGAGAUAAAAUAAAGGAAAGUAUAAAACUUGAAAUUAAAACUGAAAAUGAAAGAGUUAUAACAAAACUAGAUAACACAUUAGGGAGAAUAAAUGUAUUAGAAAAAAAUUGCCUAAAAAUCGAAAACAAGUGCUUACAGUUAGACAGAUUAAAUAGGAAGAACAAUGUAUUAAUUUUUGGUUUAGAUGUCCCAAAUAACGGAAAUUUAAUAGACGUUGUCCUACAUUUUUUCCAUAGAAUACUUGAAGUUCAAGUUUCAGUUCUAGAAAUAAACAACAUUUACAAAAUCAACGCCGGAAGAAAUGGCGCAAUAAAUGUCGAGUUCGUCUCUUAUUUAAGAAAACAACUGAUAAUCCGAAAUUGCAACAAAUUAAAGGAUAAGAAUAUAUAUAUUGUUCAAGAUCUCUGUUACGAGGAUAGACAAAAUCAAAAGAUUUUAAAGAAGCACCUUAAUAUAGCCAGAACAAAAAAAUAUAAUGCAAGAAUACAAGGUCAUUACCUAGUCGUAAAUGACGAGAAGUUUACUGCAGAGCAAUUAAGAGACAAAGAAGAAGAACAAGAAGAAGAAGAAGAAGAACAAGAACAAGAACAAGAACAAGAAAAAGUAAAUUGCAAAUCUACGGAAGAAAAAUCACUAAGCGCUCCCCAAACACCAUCUCAGAUUGGCUAUUUUGAAGAUAGUAUACGUCAAUUUGUCUUAACUACACCCUCGUCGACACGACAUGAAUUUAUAAAUAAAGUAAGCAUAGAAGAAGAGAAAAAAUAGAAUGCAUCGGAUUAACCAAAAAUAAGGUUGAUAAUGAUCAAUUUAAAAAUAUUGAAGAAAUUACAAAAGAAAAAGAAUAUGAAGAAAAGAAACUAGUGGAAAAAAAGUCUUUUAUGUAUUUUCUUUUUGUUUCUGAGUAAUUCCAUUUAUUUUUUUAUUCCUUUUUUUUUAAUAUAUAUAUAUAUAUAUAUAUAUAUACAAUUCAUAAAAAGUAACGAAUUGUUAUGAUAAUUUUCUGUAUUUUUAACUAAUAUAUGCAUUUUAAAUAUAAAUAUUAGUUGCUAGUCAUUGGUUGGGGUAAAUAUAUUUUAAUUUAGAUUAAAUAUUUUUAUGAAUAAAAAUGGAUCCAUUCAUAAAAGAUUAUAGCUAUAACGACUUUCAUACUGUUAUAUUAAAUAAUGCGGCCCAAUACAAUUACGAUAAUAAAACACAAAACGCAUUUACACUUUUUCAUCAAAACAUCAGAAGCAUAUCAAAAAAUUUAGAUAAUCUACAGACUACCCUUAAUACUUUCACUAGCUGUUUUGAUUGCAUUGUUCUUACUGAGACAAGAAAUGAUUUCGAUAUCAACCUGUGUCAUUUAGAUGGAUACGAAAUUAUUUUUAAUUUCGGUAAUAUAAAUAAAUGCGAUGGGACAGUUAUUUAUAUAAGGGAUCACCUAAAUUAUAGUUCAGAAAUUACUGAAAUUAAUGGUUGUAAGGCAAUUAAUAUUCGUACUACUAAAGAAAAUAAAGAUAUAGCAAUAACAGCAUUAUAUAGACCUCCGUCUACUAACGAAUAUGAUUAUGUAGACGAAUUAUAUGAUUUUCUUUUAAGACAAAGUAGCAGUGACCUACACCUUAUAGUUGGGGACAUAAACAUAAAUCUUCUCUCAAAAGUAAAAUUAGUUAGUGACUACCUUAAUGUUAUGAAUGAAUUCAAUUUUACUUCUGUAAUAAAUGCGUACACUCGUAUUCAAGGCAAUUCAAAAUCUUGUUUGGAUCACAUAUUUGUUAAACUAAAAACAGGUAAUAUCUUGAAUAAUUGUUUUAGUUAUGUCCUAGAUACGUUAGUAACUGAUCACAGGGCAACUAUUUUUAAUUGGAAUGUCUUUGAGGAAAAUGAAAAAACAUUAACAUUUAUUUAUAUAAAAACAAUCAACCAAAAAAAACUUAAAACUGAUCUUAAAUCGUUUGACUGGACUAUUUUGUAUAAUAUUCAGGAUGCACAAGAAACUGCAUCAUAUUUUUUAAACACCGUAAAUGAUUUAAUAUGUAAACAUACUGUUAAAGUUAAACAAACUAAAAAAACGAUUAAAAGAAAGGAGUGGAUAACUAAUGGCAUAAUGAAAUCCAUAAGCGAAAGGGACAGAUUAUAUAAAAAUUAUCAAAAAAAUUCAUUAGAUCUAAAUUUAAAACGAGAGUUUAUUAUAUAUCGAAAUAAAUUACAUAAUCUGAUUAGUUUAACAAAAUUAGAAUAUCAUAAACGACAAAUUGAAAAAAAUAAAUAUAACUCAAAAAAUCUGUGGAAAACUAUAAAUAAUAUGACAAAUUCAAAUCCUAAACAUUCUAAUAUCAAAGAAAUAACGUUAUUAAAUAAUACUAAAUCUACUAACAAAUUAGAAAUUGCCGAUACAUUAAACACAUUUUUUACAAACAUUGGACCCGAUCUUGCUAAAAAUAUUCAAAAACCUCCACUUUUUCAUUCAAAGAGACGUAUUAAUAAAAAUUCAAUUUUUAUGAAACCAGCCACUGAAACAGAAAUAAUUAAAUUAAUAAAUGCAUUAAAAAAUAAUAAGGCUCCCGGUAUUGACGAAAUAAAAUCAGAAUUACUUAAAGAAACUAGC